AUGCAACUGCAGUACAGAUCCAAUCUCAACAUGUCAACCACCAAUGAUGAUCCAACAAUGCACGCGGUUUUCCUCUUGGACAUCACUGGUUCGAUGUCAAACGAAUUGGAGGGAAUGAAAGAGACUGUCAGUUUAUUCGUCCAGAACAUCAACCCAGAGAGCAAUGUGAAAAUCCACGUGUGGACAUUCACUGAAAGCAGCCAGGGUUGUUACGUCUCCAAAUCACCAGACGUGAGCUUGAAAGAACUCGUUCAAUAUGUGAAAAAAAUCCAACUCUGUCGACCACCCGAUCAACCACAUAUCAACGCCAGUGGUGAUGAUGGCCCGGAGAAUGUGCUGGCUGCUGUUGGUGCUUUGAAGGAAAGUUUCGACGAAAUGACGAACAUUCUCUGCUUUGUGAUCACCGACGAUAAGCCGCAUCUAUUGGAGAAUCACAGCGGUCGAACUUAUCGUCAUGAGCAGGACUGGCUUCGUGCCAAAGGCUUCCAAACCACCGAUGCUUAUGAGAUUCUGAACGACAUCUCCACCUAUUUCCAAAUCACUUUCAUCCCGAUCAUUGGCCAGCAGGCUGAGGCUUGUCACUGGUAUCAUCAGGCAGCCAACACAACGAACGGAUUGGUGUUGUCGAUGUCAAGAGGAAGAGGCAGUGCUUUAGAGUUUGCCAACGGCCUAUUGGCACUUCUCGCUCGUAUGCCUGGCUUUGAGAUGAAAAGUGAAGAAGUUGUUGAUCCAGAAGAAGACUUUGAGAGGUUGAAAGCCUACACGAUUAUCACUCCAGAAGCUCAGCUCGUUGUGCUCGAACAAGAUAAUCGUCAAUCAACUCAAAUCAAUGUUAAACACAUUAAAAACAGCGACGAGUUCCAGUUCAUUUUCGAAAAUUUCAUUGAGCUGACCAAUGACAAAUUCGGUGGGAAACGGGCCGCAAAAAGAAGCCGAAUUGCUGAUGAAAGUAUUCUGAAAAUAUCGGCUCAACUAGCUGUGAGAAUCGUUCAACAUUCUGUAAAUGCUGAAAAUUCUGGAAUUGAGGAGCAAAGUCAAGAACAAAUUGAACAGCAGUUCACCGAAUUGUUGAAUGAGCUAAAAGUGAUGGAGAAACGGAACAAGUUCAACAACUUAGCCUACCCGUAUGGAGCAGAAGUUGCCCGAAUUGAGUGGUUGAGAAAGAACUGGAAGAGCUUCUCACAGAAGAUUCAACUCCACACAUCGACUCUUGAUUCUCAGAAUUCUUUGUUGAAGUGCAUCUACUCAUUUUGCACAAUUGCCGACGCUUUGACUGAAUGUGAUCAUUUAACAGAAAUUGGGAAGCUGAAAGAGAUCUUGUACUGCAAAGCGAUUGACGUUCGCUUUCCGGUGAACAACGAUGGAGAGCCGGAUUUUUAUGACUCGUGGAAUCUCUCCUUCAAAGGGCUCGAACAUUCGGAUAUUCUUCAAGUCGCAAGUGCCAUCGAUUUGGUGAACAGUCAAAAGAGAGAGUUCGUUUUUGCAGACGAUGAUGAGGAAUAUUAUGAUGAAGAAGCGGUGACAGAGAUCAAAUUCAAAGAUGCAAUGUCUUCAACAGAGCGAAAUGCUUUUCUUUUGAUAGCUCAUCCCGAUGAUCUCUUGGUGACCGCUAUCUACCAUUUGGUCACUUCAUUUCCAAUGCUCUCUGGCUUCAUUCAGAGCAAUUUGGUCUCCGGUGGAAGCCGAAUUUUUCCAUCAUUGCUUAUCGGAUUGCAAAGUUCGGCUCUUUGCUCAUUGCUCAACAAAAAGGCUUUUAAUUCGACAAAAAUUGGAGAAAUAGCCACAAUUAAAAAAUUCCCCGUUCUUCCUUGGAGACUAAUCCGAACUUUGAAAUGGUCAAUCCUUCAAAAUGCUGAUCAUAAAGUUGUUCGCUACAUUGCAGAUGCUGUCGAGAAUGAGAAAGGAUUUCGGGCUGGGGAUCCGAUUCCAAAAAUUAUUUCCGGAAUCAUGUACUUUUUUGCUAAACAGCACGACUCUGCCACUGUUUGGACCAAUCUUUUUGUAGAGAUCGCUGGUGAAUUUGCGAGUAAAAUCGAAACUGCAAGAAAAUCAAAGCAUCAUUUCCCUAGUGCCAAGGAAAUUUGUGAAGUGAUUUUAGGAGAAGAUGGAGUCACAAAUGGCUUUGAUUGCUUGAAAAGCAUUCACCCUAUCGAGCGGCUGAUUGUCGGGAAAAAAGCUAUCGAUUUCUCCAAUAAGCGUCACAAAUUGGAAGAGUUUCUCAAAGAUAACUUCUCUCUGAAGAGACUUGCCAAUUAUUUCUAUCUCAUUUGCGAUUCGCUUGAAUUUGAUUCAAAAAUCGAGAACCAAAAUGCUUUGGAGUUGUCUUUCCGUGAUCGAGUUGAUCAAAAAGAUUUGCUAAAGAUUUUUGUUGAUUCGUUGAUGUUGGGUUCUCGUACAGAACGAUAUGUUGAUGAGGGAAAGAAGGAUAAUGUUUGGAUAAGACUUGAUGAAAAACAAUUGAAAGGAAAGCUAGAGCGAUGUGCACUGCAGUUAGUGAAAGAAGUUUACGAUUCAGACAAGAAAAAGUGGAAUUUUGAGAGGACAAAAGUAGCUAGAUCUACACUGAUCUCAGAACUGUUGAAGAUUCCAAUUCAUUCAAUUUCUACACCAACCACAUCAGAGACAAUCAGCCAAAUCGAUGUCGAGAUCAGCAAGAUCUCCUGGUCACUCGAGGAUGAAGUUUUCCAAUUGAAACGAUCGGACUUCUUGGAAAUUUUUGAGGCCUUGAAAGAGGUGAACGAUGAGAAAAGAUUAGCUGUGAUGUUGCCAGUGCUGUGUAUGGGAAAGAAGUGGACAACCGAGUCAGCAAGUAUGUUGAAAAGACAGCAAGAUGAAAUCGAGAAAGCUCUCUCUUCUCCACUAAUCGAUCCAUUAAUCAAAACCCAAUGUCUCCAAGAGAUUCGCUCAAAGCCGGUCUGCUUGAGAGUUUACGAGGAAAAGGGUUGUAACAGACAUGGACAUCACUCGAAAAACUUCUAUCCUGGGUUGAAUGGAUGGACAGAAGAGUACGCGAAAGAGCGAUUGAGAUGUCAUAAACCGUGUGUGUAUUUGGAAAAGAAGCUGAACGACCUGAAACAUUUCACCGAAUUGACAUCCAACUACCGAUCGAAGACAUUCGGAAAAGUGAGAAAAGCAAUGAUUGAAUGUGUGCUGAAUUUGGACAUCAGUCCACAACAGAUUGAAAUAGUGGAAAAGCUUCUGAAAGAGAUUGAAAAAGCCGAUUGGAUUGAUACGAAAUUUGUCGAAAUAACGGAUGCAAUGAAUGAGACAAAGAUCCUUUCAUCGACAGUUGUCCGAUCGCUUCGACGAAGAGUGAGGAGAUGUCGAGAAAAGCAUAUAGAUAAGAAGGUCCCUCAAACUUGUUUCUGUCAAGCGAUCAAUCUU